CCAUAGCAUUAACAAGUAGUAUCUAUUUAUGGAGAAUAUUGUCAUUUAAUUUUGUUAUUAUAGUCUAUUUUUACAUUAAACAUGAGUUUUUGUGUUGAUUUAGUUUCAGAAGAUUCUUUUUAUGAAAAUAUUACUUUGGGCGUAACUAAACUACUAGAGUCAGAUCCACGAAUUUGUAAUGUAAGCGUGGAACGUCGUGCACCUUGUGAUAGAGUAGCACUGUCUAAUUGGGAACAAAGACAUUCCGCUGUACUACCCGAAGAUCUUAGGAACUUCUAUGGUUCAAGUGACGGUUUUCAGCUAACUUGGCACUACAAGUAUUCUGCCGAUGAGAUUUUACCGGUGGGUUCGAUUCGAGUUAAUACAUUGAACGAGCUGUGUCUGUCGUCAUCACUGAAAGAUCUUUUAGAUUUUUCAAUGACACGACAAAACACUGGUCCGAGACCCGUUUUAAAUACCAAAAGCAAAGUUUUUGAAUUAGAUAUCUGCAGAUACAUUGGCAAGGUGUGUUUAGUUUAUACGGGAGGCUCAUGGUCUAUAUGGUUGGCAACUCGCGAAGGCGCUUGGGGCUGGUUGGCAGAUUCAUUCACGCACUAUUUUAGAAUGGCUCUCGUGCAUCUGGGGCUACCAGGGUGGCAGGCAGCUUUCGCUAAUUUGCCAAUGAUCCCAUGGGCUGAACAACUUUUCUUGUUACUAGCACCACACCUGCUUGAAAAAGCGGAUAGUGAAAACAAUUCGGCGUCUGUCAAUAACGAGACGGGUUUGAACCACAUCGAUCCGAAUAUAUUUAAAACAUCAGCCCGUCACCACAAGAAUGCAACACGUCACAACGUAACGUAGAUAAAAUGAAUAGAAAGGAAUUAAAACAUGCUUUACUUCAAAUAGCUUGCAUUUAUUACAUAAAAUAAGUAAGACAAAUAAAAGAUCACAUAAUGCUAAAUUGGGAAAAAAAUACAGAACAUUUAUAAUUAUAUUAUAAUAUUAAAAGAAAAUGGACGGAAUGUAAACACUAAAUUAAAUCUAAAAUUAAUAAAUCUUAAGCCGAGACAAAAUAAUCGGCACCAUAAUCUAUACAUUAAAGAGUGAAUGACUGCAAAUUCUACAAAACCUUUAAUAUAAAUAAAUAAAAAUUGAAAUAAACGUGUGAUUAUUGUGAUGUGAAUUAUUAACAAUAGAAAUCAAUCGGAAAUACAUCGUAAUAGUUAUUUCUAAAAUAACACUAUCAAUUUCUCUCCACCAUUGAUACAGACUUUAUAAAAACAGCUAUUAAAUUGCAAAUAAACUAUGAUAACAUUUUUAAUUGCCACUUUAUAUCCAAAAUCAAAGCGUGUUCUUUUUUAAAUGCAACAUGCUUCUUACAAAAACUGUUAAAAAUAUAGGCUAUGACAAUUAUACAAUCGUUCAUUCAUUAUUCCUAACAUCCUAAAUCUAAUCAUUUUCUCAUCUCUGUGAAGGUGGGACUUUCUCUUUGCAGAAUAAUAUGAUAUUAUAAUUUCAAGAGUGAGAUUUAGUUUACGAGAGAUUCACGAGAGAGAUUAAAGAGUUUAACAAAAGAAGCUCGCUCUGCUUAAGAUAGCUGUAAUCACAUUUUUUUUUGUAUGGAAUGACUCGUUUUAUCCCAAGAUUGCGUUGCGAAGCUUAUGUGGCACGUUCUGUCAAUACUCAACAAUACUUAUAUUAUUGUAUAAUAUGAUAUUUUUUAUAAUUAUUGUACACUUGAUAAUACUUUUCAAGUUGUUUUAUACACAUGCGUGUGUUUAAAUAAAUCCAGUAGUAUCUGUGAUGUCUCGUUCCUUAUAUUUAGGUUACAUAAAUGAUAUACUUAAUAAAGGUGAUGACAAUUGAAAGCAGUUAGCAGCUUUGUGCUAUUUUUUGAUUUCAAAUCGAAUGCUUUAAUUUACUAAAAUACAAUUUAUUAAUGAAAUUUUGUAAAAAGUAAGUUUUAUUGCAAUAUAAAGAUUAUUUUUAAACAUGGUAACAUUUCUUAAUUUUACUAGUUGCUUCGAAAAUGUUAGAUAAUACACUACUCGUUGCUGUAUGGUAAAAUAUAAUUUUAAUUUUUUUAUAAUAAUAGUGAGAUUUAACAGAAAUACAUUUUGGUAAUAAUUGCGAUUUACCGUUUAUCUAAGUAGAGAGGUACAUAACUGAAUGAAAUUAAAUCUAUUUCAACUAGCUAUAAUAAGCUUAUAACGUAUUGAUUUAUUUUGUUACGACAAAGUUACUAGAAGAUAUUGCAAAAAAGUAAUUAUAAAUUUCAUUUAAAUAAUUACAUAUUUUCGUGGUUGCUCACUGCGACCUUUCAUGGCUUUGUAAUUCCACUGGAAGGACUAAAAGACACGGCAAAAAAAUAAAAAAAUCACAUAGGUAGUCUAACUUGUCUUUUGAACUUAAAAGUAAUAUCCAUCUAGGUAGGUAGGUUGUUUAAAAACAGACAUAUCAAUUUAUACAACUCUGAGUUGUAAUUAUAUCUGUUAUAAUUAUAUUGUAAUGAACGAUACCUUUUAAGUUUCCAAUUCGGAACCAUACAACUAUUAGGAAACAAAUCAACAUGUUACACAGAUGGCUGCCAUAUAUUUAUUUUUUUUGCUGUGUGGUAUGUA